CGCAUCGUACACUAAUUAAAAUAAUCCCGCACUUAUCCUAACAAAUCUCCUCCCCCUUUCUCUCCUCAUCAUUUUUAAUCUUCAGACAAGCUCCCCAAAACACAUCCCCGUCACUUCCGGCGAUCUAGCUGUCUCCCUCAUCUAUUUCUAGAUCUCUGAUCAAAUCAACGGCUUCUUUUCCUCCACGUGUUCUCCGGACAUAGCCUCAUACAAAUCCGCUUUUUUCUCUCGUUUCAUUUCAUUUCCUUUCGUUUUCGGACGAGAGAAUCUAGAGAAGAAAUUAAAAGAAAAUCCAGUCGCCGUUUUGGCAUCUUAACUGCUGUGUUUUGGUAGAUCCGACGCCGUUUUCCGCGAACCCGGGAAUUUCUGUUGCCGGAUCUACACCGAGCACCGUAUAAAAAAACAGAGAAGAUCAUUUUGUUUUGAUCCGACGGUCAAGAUGGCGCCGAGCACGAUAAGGAAAGCGAUCGGGACCGUUAAGGAUCAGACCAGCAUAGGAAUAGCUAAAGUAGCUAGCAACAUGGCGCCGGAGCUAGAAGUUGCGAUAGUUAAAGCGACAAGCCACGACGAUGAUCCGGCGAACGAGAAGUACAUACGUGAGAUCUUAAAUUUAACCUCGUAUUCACGAGGUUAUGUUCACGCGUGUGUUGCUGCGGUUUCGAAGCGUCUGGGGAAAACCAGAGACUGGAUUGUUGCGUUAAAAGCGUUGAUGCUUGUUCAUAGGUUGUUAAAUGAAGGAGAUCCGCUUCUUCAGGAGGAGAUUUUGUAUGCCACGAGGAGAGGUACUAGGUUGUUGAAUAUGUCUGAUUUUCGAGAUGAAGCGCAUUCUAGUUCGUGGGAUCACUCGGCUUUUGUCAGGACUUAUGCUAUGUAUUUGGAUCAGAAACUUGAAUUGAUUUUGUUUGACCAUAAAGGAAAGCCCUCGGGCGGCGGAGGAGGUGGCGGUGGAAGUGGUGGUAAUAGUGCACAUGGUUAUGAAAUUGAAAGAUAUGGUGGUGGUGGAGGCGGUGGUGGUAGAGGUGAUUUUAGGUCACCGCCCCAGCGUUCUUAUGAGUAUAGUGAUUACGGUGAUCAUAGAGGGGGUGGUGAUCAGGGGUAUGGAGGUAAUUCUGGAAUGAGGAGAUCUAGGUCUUUUGGCGACAUGAGUGAUACAGUUUCGCGAGAUGAGAGGAAAUCGAUGACUCCAUUGAGGGAAAUGAAAGUCGAGAGGAUUUUCGGUAAAAUGACACAUUUGCAAAGGUUGUUGGAUAGGGUGUUGUCGUGUCGGCCAACGGGGUUAGCGAAGAACAGUAGGCUGAUAUUGGUUGCGCUUUAUCCUGUCGUUAGAGAGAGUUUUCAGUUGUAUGCUGAUAUUUGUGAGGUUUUGGCUGUUUUGCUUGAUAAAUUCUUUGAUAUGGAGUAUCCUGAUUGUGUUAAAGCUUUUGAGGCUUAUGCAAGCGCGGCAAAACAGAUCGAUGAGCUAAUUAUGUUCUAUAAUUGGUGCAAAGAUGUCGGCGUGGCGAGAUCAUCAGAGUAUCCUGAUGUGCAGAAAAUCACAAGUAAACUAUUGGAGACUUUGGAGGAGUUUGUGAGAGAUAGAGCGAAACAAUCCAAGAGUCCUGAGAGGAAACAAAUAGAGGCCCCUCCUCCUGUUGCUCAAGAAGAGGAAGAGCCUGUGCCUGACAUGAACGAAAUUAAGGCGUUGCCUCCACCGGAGAAUUACACUCCGGCACCUCCACCUCCUGAGCCAGAGCAGCCUAAACCUCAGAAACCGCAGUUUACUGACGAUUUGGUAAAUCUAAGAGAUGAAACUGUCUCUGCUGAUGAUCAAGGCAAUAGAUUUGCUCUGGCUUUGUUUGCUGGGCCAGCUGCUAAUAGCGGAAAUGGCUCAUGGGAAGCGUUCCCAUCCGACGGAGAUUCUCAAGUGACCUCAGCUUGGCAAAACCCAGCUGCUGAACAAGGCAAGGCAGAUUGGGAAUUGGCAUUGGUUGAGACAGCAAGUAAUUUAUCAAAGCAAAAGGCAGAUUUGGGCGGUGGUCUUGAUCCACUGCUGUUAAAUGGCAUGUAUGAUCAAGGAAUUGUGAGGCAACAUGUUAGCACUGCACAAUUGAGUGGAGGUAGUGCUAGCAGCGUCGCGCUGCCGGCUACUGGGAAGAGCGCAACUCCUGUGUUGGCUCUGCCCGCGCCAGAUGGAACAGUUGAAACAUUUAAUCAGGAUCCAUUCGCUGCUUCGUUGUGCAUUCCGCCGCCAUCUUACGUGCAAAUGUCCGAUAUGGAGAAGAAGCAGCAUUUACUUGUACAGGAGCAAGGAGUUUGGAACCAGUAUGCUAGGGAUGGAAUGCAAGGUCAAACUAGUUUGGCCAAAAUCAGCGGCAAUGGAGCCGGAUACUACAAUCCGGGGCCAAUGCCGAUGAUGCCUUACGGAAUGCCGCCCGUCAAUGGAAUGGGGCAACCCGGCGGGUAUUACUACAAUCCUUACUGAUUUUUAUUCUGUUUAUCCAUAGAUGAAUUCUCUUUGUUAAUGUUAUGUUGAUGAUCUUUAUAGUUUUGUUUUGUUUUUCCUUGAGUCCUUUUUCAAGGAUGUGAUGUCCUGCAAUUUGUGCACAAAAUGGGAUCGAGAGGGGAAGGGAGAGACUGAAAUUCUAUGAAUUAAUGAUUGUGGGUAAUUUUGGGAGACCUGUAAUUCAUAUUUUGUGAUCUGUAAUACUAGCAUUUUCUUUGUUUGAAAA